UAGUCCCAAACCCCAGGCUAGCCAAGUACAAACUUGACCUCGUCUUGCAAAGAUUUGCUUUGCACCCAACCGUUAUAAUUGGUACAGGAUAGAAUAAGACAAGAAUUUGCUUUAUCAACCUUUUUAAUUGUUAAAAUGUGAAAAAUAAAUAAGAAUUCAGUUUCAAAAAGCUUUAUUGUGAACAAUGUCUUGGAUAUACAACUGAAAAGAUAAGUUUUACAUACCCUCGAAGGCUGAUAUGUUAUCUUUUGCUACAGGUAUCUCCUAAUUGUAUAUUGUAGUUUCAACAUGAUAACAUUAUUGCUAUUGAUUGUAGAUUAGUGUUUCAUAUAUUGUGACAAAUUGUUUCCAAUGUAUUUUAAUAACAUUUAGUUUUAUGGACUUAAGCCAACAGUACUAGGAAUUGGGACUAUUCUCCUGAGCAUAAUAAUCGAAGUGCCCGUAUUGACGUGGAGGCAGUGCACACAAAUCAAUACAACAACACUAUGUCAAAUCCAAACUAUAGUUUUGAUGAGCCCAAAACGAUUGAAGAACCGGAGGCUGUUCCUCAAACGAACCACAACUUCUGGACUAUAGAAUACUAUCAGAAAUAUUUUGAUGUUCACACAAAUGAGGUGGUUGAGCGGAUUAUAUCCUCUGUACUACCACAAAAGGUGUCUCGCAACUACUUUGAUGAAAGGAUCAAGGGAAAACCUGAUCUGUAUGGACCUAUUUGGAUUUCUGUCACCCUGAUAUUCACAAUAGCAGUAAGUGGUAACAUAGCUAGUUACUUGCACAAUGCCAAUAAGAAAGGAUUUGUAUGGCGUUAUGACUUCCACCUGGUGUCUAUUGCUGCAACGGCCAUCACCUGCUACGUAUGGAUCGUACCACUCGCUCUCUGGGCAGCGUUAAAAUGGACCACCACUACUGAUGGACAUGAUGAAAUAGAGAAUCAGGAUGCAAAGUCACCAACAAUGAUGUCAUUGUUCUGCCUGUAUGGAUACUCACUCUCCAUUUACAUACCCGUGGCAGUACUAUGGACAAUUCAAGUGUUCUGGCUGCAAUGGCUCUUUGUGUUAAUGGCAGCUUUUGUCUCCGGAGCCGUCCUCAUAUUCUGGCUCAUGCCAGCACUAAGAAAAUCUCGAUAUUUCCUAAUUCUAAUUGGGUCUAUUCUCGCUUUUCAUUUCCUUUUAGCAGCUGGUUUUAUGUUGUACUUCUUCCAUCAACCUAACACGGGUGAUGAUACUAUUGUUACGACUGUGAAGCCCUAAUGGAAUUGUAUUUAUGUAGUUUAUUUUUUUUAUAUUGGGGCAAAAUCUGUAUACUCUAUUGUCACACUUUGAGGAUCAGUUGACAUAGUUUAUACUUGACUUUUUGAUAAUGCUAAGUACAAUUUCAUUGUGCUAUGUACAAAAUCGUUUGAAGAUCAUGGUGAAUACAGAUUUUGACCCAAGUAGUUCAUUUAUUUAUACUAUAGGUAGGCAGGAAUUUGUGAUGGGGAUGACAUUAACAUCCCGCUUACGUUAUGCCAUCUUAUUAUAGUAUUGAACAGUGAUAUGUUUACUAUUUCACGUUAUUUUAUAUAAGAUACUAUAGCUACUUCAAGUACGUUAAGUGAUGAGUUUCAAAGUAUUUUUGACGCACACAGGUAUAAAAGUUGCUUUAAAUUAUAUCAUUGUUUAAUAAAUUAUUAUGUUUCGCCAUGCGUUUCAAGCGUCGCGGGUCGCGAAAUGCUGCUC